CGCAGGUUUGUCGCCGUCUAAGCGGAAGUCAAGGAUGUGAACGACAAAACCCCGUCAAGGGGGCAAAAAUACCAGACGAAGCCGAUUCUGUCGCUCUCAAAAAUGAUGCGUCCAUUCGGUUUGCACAGCCAGUUUAUUUAACGCUUAUAGACGUGCAUCUCCACAGCGCCAUGGCUGCCGGGCGUGGGGCAGAACCCAAGGUGCACACAGAAGGGCCGGCCUCGAACUUCGCCUAUUCUAGUAGCAGCAGGAACAUAGCGGCGGCUCAGGCUGCAGCGGCUGCUGCUGUCCCUGGCGCUCCGGGAUCCCCGGCUUCUGUGGGCUUUCACCGGGAGCCGAUGUACAAUUGGCAGGCUACAAAAAGCUCCGUGAAGGAGCGCUUCUCCUUCCUCUUCAACAACGAACUGCUCAGCGACGUGCGCUUUAUUGUCGGGAAGGGCCGUCAAGCGCAGAGAAUCCCAGCGCACAAGUUCGUGCUGGCAGCCGGCAGCGCCGUUUUCGACGCCAUGUUCAACGGGGGUAUGGCGACCACCUCGACCGAAAUUGAGCUGCCCGACGUGGAGCCCGCCGCCUUCUUGUCUCUAUUGAGGUUCCUGUAUUCAGAUGAAGUUCAUAUUGGACCAGAAACCGUUAUGACGACCCUUUACACGGCUAAAAAAUACGCUGUGCCAGCCCUGGAAGUGCACUGUGUGGAGUUUCUGACUAAACAUCUGCGGGCUGAUAACGCCUUCAUGCUGCUUACUCAGGCGAGGUUGUUUGAUGAACCUCAACUUGCCAGUCUUUGUUUGGAUACAAUAGAUAAGAGCACGGCAGAUGCAAUUAGUGCAGAGGGGUUCACGGACAUUGACUUAGACACGCUUUGUGCAGUGCUUGAAAGGGACUCGCUGGGCAUUCGGGAGAGUCGGCUCUUUGCGGCUGUUGUGCGUUGGGCUGAAGCAGAAUGUCACCGGCAGCAACUUCCACUGACGGCAGAAAACAAACAAAAGGUUUUGGGAAAAGCCCUGUCGCUCAUUCGGUUUCCACUUAUGACUAUUGAGGAAUUUGCAGCAGGGCCUGCCCAGUCCGGAAUUUUGUUUGAUCGGGAGGUGGUAAAUCUCUUUUUACACUUUACAGUAAACCCCAAACCAAGGGUUGACUACAUAGACAAGCCACGUUGCUGUCUCAGGGGGAAAGAAUGCAGCAUUAAUAGAUUCCAGCAAGUAGAGAGUCGCUGGGGCUACAGUGGAACCAGUGACCGAAUAAGGUUUACUGUCACUAAGAAAAUAUUCAUAGUUGGCUUUGGGCUGUAUGGCUCUAUCCACGGGCCAACUGAUUAUCAAGUGAACAUACAGAUAAUUGAAAGUGAUAAAAACCAGACCUUGGGACAAAACGACACAGGAUUUAGUUGUGAUGGCACUGCCAACACCUUCAGGGUCAUGUUUAAAGAGCCCAUAGAAAUACUUCCAAAUAUCAGCUACACAGCUUGUGCAACCCUCAAGGGUCCUGAUUCACAUUAUGGAACCAAAGGACUAAAGAAAGUCAUCCAUGAAUCAGCAGCGGGAACCAAGACUUGCUUUUUCUUCUUUAGUUCACCAGGGAAUAACAAUGGCACUUCAGUUGAGGACGGACAAAUCCCAGAAAUCAUCUUCUACACAUAGACUGGACUGCUGUCUUGGCCAUUUUAAAGGACAAUAAUUCUUACAAAAGUGAAUAUGCUGUAUGCUAAGAAAAUUACACCAGUGACAACAGUAGAACAGUUCAAAAUUAUUAAAAUAAAUCCAUGGAAUGCAACCAAUAUAACUGCCACUGACGAUUAAUCAUUUAAAGGAGCAUGUCAGAAAAGUGGAUUUCCAUUGACGUCUCACAUAAUUUCAGUUUAUCAGCUCAUUAAAAAAUAAUAGUUUUGUUUCAACUUUGUGAACGAUUAAGCAAACAGGCACAGUGUAUUUAAAGAGACACUAGUUUUACGAUACUCCUGCAUUAUCUCAGUAGGUGAUAUUCACAUGUGGACGUUUUUUUUUGGUUUGUUUUCUGCCUUGGUAAAUUGUAAAUAUAGUGCCAUUUCAAGAAUGCAGGCCUUUGCCUGCUGAUUAAUUACUUCAAUAUAUCUGUUUGUUUAACUUGUCCGUGCAUAACAAAUUAGAUUUUUUUUGUAUACAGGCAUUAAAUACAGGCAAAAAUGUAGUUAUACAGUGAACAUCUGGUCAAUGCUCUAUAAUUUUUUGUAAGAACCCUUUGGUAAUUGAGGUUAUUAUUUCCCUUCUGUUUCCAUGUUAAUUUUAGUAUCUGUUCAUUCUCAUUCCUGUGACAGUUGCUAAUACAGAGCAGUUGUAUUAAACUGCGGAGUUGUACGUUAUUUUGUCAUUUGAAACUCAAUGUAGCAUACUGUGUAUGUUACAUAUUGCUGUUAAAUUAAAGUGUAUUAUAUGUAAUAUAAAUACAGAGAAAUGAUGAAUACUGCAUAUUCAGGUUGCAUGCACCAGCAAAUAUUGGGCUUAAAAGCUCUGACUUGUUAAAGAAUGUAUUUCCUCUGCAUUUUAAAGGGGAAAAAAAAAAAUCCUAUUGUUGCUGUCCAAACUCCUUACAAGUUUUGGUAUUUUCAUAACAUGCAUCAAAAUGGAUAAGAGAGGGUCCUACUAUAAAAAAAUGAAAUAUGGUUACCACCAUAAACAGCCACUUGGUUUAUUACAUUAAAUCUACAAGAGAGCUCUGGUGCUUUGUGGAGGUCAGUUGUACUAACUCUCUUCUUUCUUUAACCACACAGAAAUGUGUCAGCCGAGACUGCAUGCCGCCGUCACCCCUGCCCUGUUACUUUACAAACCUGGAAAGUCAACUCUGAUUUGACGAGAGGAUAAGAGCAUUUAGUGAGUACAGACACAAAGAGCCAGUGAUAAAUGA